UCUGAGUAGCAGAGAAAUUUCAUAAGAACGUCGUUACGCCACGUGGUCCCCUCCAUGGCCGUUACCUUCCUCUGAUAUACCAAACACUCCCACUUAGAGAGGGAGCCACUGCUUCUUUUCAGCACAGUCAAACUCAGAUCUCAAACCUCUCUUUCCAUGGAAGCAGCAUCUCCAAGGCUCGUCAACUGCGGACCCAAACCAACCCGAUUCUCCGUCUCCUCCCGCCGCUCCUUCGUCUCCACGAUCCCUCACCGUAAUCUCUCUCGGCGGAUCCUAGCCGUCGCUACUGAUCCCAAACCUACACAGACCCCCACCGUCAACGGAUCUUCUUCAUCGUCAAAAGGAGUCAACAACAAUGUCUCCACGAGAGUCAAGGACGUAUCGAAAGAGAUUAAGAGAGUGAGAGCUCAAAUGGAAGAAGACGAGCAGUUGUCUGUGUUAAUGAGAGGCCUUCGUGGCCAGAACUUGAAUGAUUCCGUUUUCGCGGAUGAUAGUAUUCAGCUAAGGCUUGUAGAGACUGGUGAGAGCAGUGAGUUCUUGCCUUUGGUAUAUGAUCCGGCUACCAUCUCUGCUUACUGGGGGAAACGGCCUCGUGCUGUUGCUAGUCGAGUUAUCCAGUUGCUCUCUGUCGCUGGCGGCUUUCUCUCCCGUCUUGCAGUCGAUGUAAUCAACAAGAAAGUCAAAGAGAAUGAGGUUUCUAGGGCGAUUGAAUUGAGGGAAAUUGUUACUUCACUGGGUCCAGCUUACAUUAAACUUGGGCAAGCUUUGAGUAUUCGACCAGAUAUCUUGUCUCCUGCUGCAAUGACAGAACUUCAGAAGCUUUGUGACAAGGUCCCUUCAUUUCCUGAUGAUGUAGCAAUGGCUCUUCUCGAGGAGGAGCUGGGGAAGCCGUGGCAGGAAAUUUACUCAGAGCUCUCUCCUUCCCCAAUCGCUGCCGCGUCUCUGGGGCAAGUGUAUAAGGGAAGAUUAAAGGAUAACGGGGAUCUGGUGGCAGUGAAAGUACAGAGGCCUUUUGUUCUUGAGACUGUAACUGUUGACUUGUUUGUGAUUCGGAAUUUGGGUCUGUUUCUGCGGAAGUUCCCUCAGGUGUCAGUAGACGUUGUUGGACUGGUUGAUGAAUGGGCUGCUCGCUUUUUUGAGGAGCUGGAUUAUGUUAACGAGGGAGAAAAUGGUACAUAUUUUGCAGAAAUGAUGAAGAAAGAUCUCCCACAAGUUGUUGUACCAAAAACUUACGAGAAAUACACGUCAAGGAAGGUUCUUACAACACAAUGGAUUGAUGGCGAAAAACUGUCACAAAGUAUGGAGAAUGACGUUGGAGAGCUUGUGAAUGUUGGCGUUAUUUGUUACCUAAAGCAGUUGCUUGAUACUGGCUUUUUCCAUGCUGACCCUCAUCCUGGAAAUAUGAUCCGUACCCCAGACGGAAAGCUUGCCAUCCUUGAUUUUGGUCUUGUUACGAAGUUGACUGAUGAUCAGAAGUAUGGGAUGAUUGAAGCCAUUGCACACUUAAUUCACAGAGAUUAUGAUGCCAUAGUAAAAGAUUUUGUCAAACUUGGUUUCAUACCUGAUGGGGUCAAUCUGGCACCUAUAUUACCUGUCCUGGCCAAGGUUUUUGACCAGGCACUUGAAGGUGGAGGAGCUAAAAACAUCAACUUUCAGGAGUUGGCUGCAGAUUUGGCGCAGAUAACUUUUGACUAUCCUUUCAGAAUCCCUCCUUAUUUCGCCCUUAUAAUUAGAGCAAUUGGUGUGCUCGAAGGGAUAGCUCUAGUGGGGAAUCCUGAAUUUGCUAUUGUGGACGAGGCUUAUCCUUAUAUCGCUCAGAGGCUCCUGACCGAUGAAUCUCCUCGCCUGAGGGAGGCUUUACGCUACACAAUAUAUGGGAAGACUGGCGUUUUUGAUGCUGAGAGAUUCAUCGAUGUGAUGCAAGCCUUUGAGACUUUCAUUACAGCAGCCAAAAGUGGAGGAGGAGAAGAUAUGAAUGGGGGCAUGGCUGAGCUGGCUCUUCUGCAAAACCAGACAAGCAGUCGGGUUCCUAUGUUUCCAGCCAGUGCAUCCCAACCAAACCAGCCAGCUCAAACGCGAGUCGCUUUGUCUUUUCUGCUUUCCGAGAAAGGAAACUUCUUCCGCGAGUUUCUACUGGAUGAGAUAGUAAAAGGCAUCGAUGCAAUCACAAGAGAACAGCUGGUGCAAGCAAUGGCGGUCUUUGGAUUCAGAAACGCACCACCAAUUUUCGGUAUGGUACCUUCACUAGGACCUUUCAGACCUGCAGGACUUCUUCCAUCUGUAACAGAAGAAGACAAAGUCAUCUUGAACAAUGUUCAGAAAGUAAUCGAGUUCCUUACUGGAAGAAGCUCCAUGUCGAAUAAUCCCAAUCAGGUAGUAGAUGUAACUCAAGUGGUUCGGGAACUGCUUCCUGUUUUGCCUGGAAUCUCUGUGACAGUAUUGCCGGAUAUUAUGAGUCGGCUUGGGUCAAGAGUAAUGGCUAGAAUAGUUCGAGAUACCUUUUUGUAAAUACUGUUGAGCUUUAGUAUAAUUGUGCCUAUAAGUUGCAUUCUAAAGUACCUAAAAAGAUAUACUAGGAUGAUACCCGCGUUGAAACGCGGUUUUUUUUUAACUUAACCAAUAAAAAUUAUGUAUUAUAUACAAUAGAUUUGUUGUAUUAUUUAAUUUAUUUUAUUUUUAAUUUAA